AGAGACACUGAGACCUCCAUGUGUAGAAAUCAGCAAAGACAAAAAACAACCAAUCACACACACUUCCUGCCCACACACACACACACACACACAGACUGAGACACUUUGACAAACGGAGGCUUUGACAGCAGAGACGUGACAGCUCUUCAUAUUUCUCAAGGACUCAAGAGGAGUAAACACAAUGAAAUGUCAGGUGGUUUUUCCUGCCUGUUUGCUGCUGCUCUGGACACUGGCAGUGUUUGUCAGUGCACAAGAAACACCCAAGAUAACAACAUUAAUGACAUCGGAUGGGAUUAAGCUUAAGUGUGGCACAGAUGGAUAUUUCAAAAAAGAUGGUCAAAACCACCCUGAUAUUUUACAGUACAAUGAUGAAAACUCAGGGGAGUACACAUGCUGGACUGCCAACCCAGCUAAUGAAGAUGGUGAAAGGAAAGGACCAAAAAUCUUUGUGAGAUUUCGGACCUGUGACAACUGCAUAGAGCUCGACAUAGGUUCAGUAGUAGGCAUGGUUGUAGGAAAUAUGGUGGCUACGACUGUGAUAGGAGUGGCUGUGUAUCUCAUCGCGUCUCAUGGGCAGAGUGGUCAGCAGUACAAGAGAAUGCAUGAUAGACCACGUAUUGAUCCGAAUGAUGGAAGUGGCAGCAGAGGCGGUAGCUCUGACCAUUACCAGCGUCUGAGAUACAAAGGUGGUCAGAAAGACGUGUAUGAUCAAAUUAACAAGAAAUAGAGGGGCAGUGGUUCACUGCCUGGGACCCCACCACCUCUUUCUGGGGUCAACGUCCUCACACAGUGCUUUUUGAUGUGUCACUCAGCCUUGUAAUCUCCUUUGUAUGAUACUGUUUUACCUUACCAAUCUUAAAACUUUUAUUUUCACCAUUCCUGUAAGAAUAGAUCCCUUAUAUAAUGAAUAAUCUGUUAACUUGUUGCUGUUUGUCAUAGCUCAGUAUCAGUUGUUGUUAUUUUGGUAGCGUUUUCAUCUGUACUUUUAUUAAUUUUUAUAUAUUUUCUUCAUAUGCUGUAAGUAGGGCUGCUACAGCCACCUCAUAUAAUGGCUUAGAAAUAAUAACAAAACUGUGUUGCUAAAUUAACAAUUGAAAUAAAAAUUGUGCUGUCUUGUCGAA